CUUGUAGCAGCUAGCGAAAGAAGAAACCGUCAGAAGAGAAGAUGGCGAGAGGCGGUCGGAACCUGCGGAGAAUAGCAGAGUAUCUGAAGCAGUUACCGAGUCCAGCGUGCCGGGAAAUACAGAGAAAAAACAACGUCAGAUACCUGUCGUCAUGUGGGAUUCUGGUUACACGUAUUCCUCCACUGUUGGGAGCAGCCGUGCCGUGUCAAGCUGCCGUGAUCCCGGCACGGACCUUCUUCAACCUCACCGACUCCUUUUCCAAGAGAAAGGAGUACUCAGAGAGGCGCAUCAUCGG